GCGCCGAAGCCGAGCGGUCGCGCGCGCCGGGCUCUGGGGUGACGCGCACGGGGCGGACGCGACGACGAACGGGACGACGUGCGCGGCGCGCGUCCGAGCGCUCGGGCGCCGAGGGACGAUCGCCACGGGACAGCCCUUCUUGGAUCACAUGAUCGAUCAGCUCACGGCGCACGCGCAGCUCGGGGUGAGCGUGGAGACGACGCGGAACGGCGAGGCGUGCGCGGAGACGCGAGACGACGGCGAACACGCGGCGGAGGUCUUCGACGCGUGCGGACGGGCGCUGGGACGGGCGAUGAAGAAAAUGCUGCGCGAGGGUGCGGGAGAAAGGGUCGGUGCGGGACGCGCGCGGUUCGCGAGCCCGUUGGAUGAGGCGUACGCGGAGUGCGAGGUGGACUUGUACGGCGGCGGCGGGUUGGAGACGUUCGCGCUCGCGCCGUACGGACGACCGGGCACGCGAGGGCGGUCGCACAUCGGGACGUAUCCCACGGCGUUGACGGAGACGUUUUGGAGGGCGCUCGCUGAGGAGUCGGGGAUGAGCCUGCGAUUGACGAAGCGCAGAGGCGAUAACGCGCACCACAUCGUGGAGUCGACGUUCAAGGCGUUCGCGCGCGGGCUGCGAGCGGCGAUGGAUUCGGUGGAAGGAAUCGAUGUGUACGACUCGAAGACGCCGAGUGAGGAGGCCCCGCGAAAGAGCGAGAUCAAGCGCUCGACGAAGGAGACGUCCAUCGACGUCGAGCUUGAUUUGGACGGCGACGCGUCAACGUCGAAGAUCAGCACGGGUAUCGUCGCAUUGGAUGGGCUUCUGUCGUCGAUUCAGCGCGAGGCUAACAUACAACUCGUCAUCAACGCCUCUGGGGACUUGUGGAUCGACGAUCACCACACCGCCGAGGACGUGAGCAUCGCCCUCGGCCAAGCGUUGAACAAGGCGCUCGCGACGAAGAAGGGCUGCAACCGCAUGGGUAGCGCCAUGUCCACCGAAGGUGACGCCACGGUGGAGUGUGUCAUGGAUCUCAGCAAUCGUCCGUACCUCGGGUACGGGCUAGAGUUCGACUGCGACAAGGUGGGCGGCGACUUGAGCGUCGAGAUGGUCGAGCACGUCUUCAUGAGCUUGGCCUUCAACGGCCAAAUGACGGUGCACUUAAUCGAGCACUCGCGAGGAGUAAACGAGGAUGAAGUCGCCACCGCCGCGGCGAAGGCGUUCGGGAAAUGUCUGCGCCAGUGCGCGGCGAUCGACCCGCGUCGAGCUGGAUCCGUCGCGUCGUCCAAGGGCACGCUCUCCGUCUAA